ACUAUAAACAAAAUGGAUGUAGAAAACAGAAAAACGAACAGCCCACGAAUAUAACCAGCUGCAAGUGCACGACAAAAAAUUAUUUGCAAAUUGCGAGCGAAGCUGAUUGGUUGUUUUUAAUUAAAUAUUUUGCGGUACAGACAAAUUUUUGUUUAAUUAUUACUUUGGAAAUAAAGUGUAUGAAGGUAGUGUAAACAAAAAGCUGUUGGAAACUAAAUAGUAUUGGAGUUGUGUAGUAGCGGAAUCGCGAUAAGGAGACAUUUGCAGGGCAGCAAACAAUAGCCAUAAAUAUUGUGCGUUUUGCAAUCGGACAGCCGACACAAAGAGUUGAUCGAUCGCCAAAAUGCGCGUAUUAUUGAUUUGUGUGGCGUUGUUCGCCUAUACCAGUGCGGUCUCGUUUAGUGAUCUCGUGAAAGAGGAGUGGUUUGCUUUUAAGAUGGAGCAUAAUAAGCGUUACUCUAACGAAGUGGAAGAGCGUUUCCGUCUUAAAAUAUUUAAUGAGAACAAAAUGAAGAUAGCCAAACACAAUCAACUGUAUGCUGCCGGCAAAGUGCCAUUCAAAAUGGGAGUAAACAAAUAUUCCGAUAUGUUGCACACCGAAUUCCGUGAUACCAUGAAUGGCUUCAACCAUACACUGAGAAAACAGCUGCGCGCUAAUGGCAAAUUCCGUGGUGCUACUUUCAUUUCACCUGCCCAUGUGACUGUACCAAAAUCUGUGGACUGGCGUGACCAUGGCGCUGUUACCGAUAUCAAGGAUCAAGGUCACUGCGGUUCCUGCUGGGCAUUCUCCACCACUGGCGCACUCGAGGGUCAACAUUUCCGUAAAUCAAAUGCUCUCACCUCGCUAUCCGAACAAAAUUUGGUCGAUUGCUCAAGCAAAUAUGGCAACAAUGGCUGCAAUGGUGGUCUGAUGGACAACGCUUUCCGUUACAUUAAAGACAAUGGCGGUAUUGAUACCGAGAAAUCUUAUCCUUAUGAGGGUAUUGACGAUUCCUGCCACUACAACCCGUCUACUGUGGGCGCAACCGAUCGUGGUUUCGUCGACAUUCCGGCCGGUGAUGAGGAGAAAAUGAAGCAAGCUGUUGCGACGAUCGGUCCAGUUUCCGUAGCUAUCGAUGCAUCGCAUGAGUCAUUCCAAUUCUAUUCCGAGGGUAUUUAUGUCGAGCCACUUUGUGAUGCAGAGCAAUUGGAUCAUGGUGUAUUGGUGGUCGGCUAUGGUACCGAUGCCAGCGGUCAAGAGUAUUGGCUGGUGAAGAAUUCUUGGGGCACCACUUGGGGUGAUAAGGGUUACAUUAAGAUGGCGCGCAACAAGCAAAAUCAAUGCGGUAUUGCUUCAGCAUCCAGCUACCCACUGGUUUAGGUCGCCUUGUUAGCUCGCAAACAUCACAGGAAUUUAAAGCAAAGGAAAUGCAAGAAUAUAUAUAGGAUUUUAUAGUAUACCAAUUACUUUUUUAUAUACAAAAAUGAAAUUGUCACUUUUAAAGUAGUGCAUCAGUAUGUUUUUUUAUUUUUUUUAUUUCUUUUUGCAGUGAAUUUUAAUUUUGGCUAUCUUUAAUUUUUAGUGUUUUUCGUUCAUUUCUUUCUUUAAUCGAAGCGUGAAUUUGAAUAGUUUAUAAACACGUGAACAAUUUUUAGAAAUACCAAAAAGUUGCGAAUUGUAUGUGACUGUUAUGUAAUAAAAUACCACCAUCUGCGCCAUCACUAUAUUUGUAUGUAGUACAUGUUUAUAAUAGUUGUGUAAAAAUAUAUUAAUAAAAAACCAAACAAAGUAUGUA